ACAGAUUUAUCAAAAAUUCAAAACCCUAGUUAGUGUUAGAACCAUAUAUAUCUAUAAUUUUUUUUCGGUUUUCUUGAGUGUAACCAGUUUGUGAGUUAGCUUGGAAAAAAAUAAAAGUUGUUUCCUUCUUAUCUUUCCUACUCGUCUUCCAACGCUUUUCCGUCUCCCAAACGCAUUGAUCCUCCUGGUGUCUUUAGGUUUUUCCUUUUUGCCCACAACAAGAGAGGGUCGGUGUCUUCACCAUGUCUUUCCCUUCUCUUCUCUCAGCUGUAUUAUACAUAUAAUCCCUUGUUGAAAUCUCACACAAACACACACAUAUUAUAUAAGCAGUGAUGCUUUUGCGUGUUGGGUGUCUAUUCUCCUUCAUCAAAUCCCCAAUUCUCUCUCUCUGCUACUGUAAUCGAUUUCAUCGUCCACUCCUUCGUUACUAUUCUUCUUUCAAACCCGUUAAUGCUCGAAUUCAAUACCUAAAUCGCUUAUCAAUGGACAAAUUAACCCAUCCCUACACUACCGCGACUCUCGUUCGCGAACCCUCUUCACAACCUUCCACCAGACCAAAGAAGAAACUUCGCCGUGAUUCGCCCGAGGGAGUGCUUCGGCACAAGCUUGACAUGUGCUCGAAGCGCGGUGACCUCGUUGAAGCUCUUAAACACUACGACGAAGCUCGAGUUAAUCAAAUUCCUAUUUUGCUCCAUCAUUACAAUGUGUUGCUCUAUCUGUGUUCUUCUUCUGCGAGUAAUGUUGAUUGUGAAGAGAACGAGGAAGGGUCGAAGAGAGUUUGUGAUUUGGGUUUGGAAAGGGGUUUUGAGAUUUUCAAGCAAAUGGGUGUUGACAAAGUUGCUCCGAAUGAGGCCACGUUUACGAGUUUGGCGAGGUUGGCUGCUGCUAAGGAAGACCCAGAAUCGGCUUUUGAUUUGGUGAAGCAUAUGAGGACUUGUGGUCUUCCGCCGAGGUUGAGGUCCUACGGGCCGGCAUUGUUUGGGUUUUGCAAGAAGGGAAUGGUUGACAAGGCUUUUGAGGUUGAUGCCCACAUGGGGGAAUCUGGGGUUUUGGUGGAAGAGGCCGAGAUUUCGGCUCUUUUGAAGGUGAGUUCGGAGACAAAGAGGGCGGAUAAAGUGUAUGAAAUGCUGCACCGUUUGCGGGCUAUGGUGAGGCAGGUCUCUGAAGAGACAGCCAGAGUUUUGGAAGAUUGGUUCGGGUCGGAAAGUGGUACAGAGGUCGGAGUGGAGAAUUGGGAUGUAGAGAAGGUGAGGGAAGGGGUUGUGAAGGGAGGAGGUGGGUGGCAUGGGCAAGGGUGGCUAGGGAGUGGGAAGUGGAGGGUGGUGCAGACUCAGAUGGAUCAAACUGGGGUCUGUCACUCUUGUGGUGAAAAGCUUGUCUGCAUUGACAUUGAUCCUAAGGAGACGGAAAAUUUUGCCACUUCUUUGGCAAGCUUGGCUUGCGAAAGAGAGGUUAAAACUAAUUUUAUGCAGUUUCAGGAGUGGCUUCAGCGGCAUGGUCCAUUUGAUGCAGUCAUAGAUGGUGCGAAUGUGGGCCUUACUGAUCAACACAGUUUUAGCUUUUCCCAGCUUAAUUUUGUGGUAAAUCAGUUAACGCAAAUUAGUCCAUCAAAGAGACUACCACUUAUUAUUUUGCAUAGAAAUCGAGUGACUAAUGGCCCUGCUCUGAGUCACAAUAAUAAGAAAUUUAUAGAGAGUUGGAAAAAGUCUGGUGCACUUUAUGCUACGCCACGCGGUUCGAAUGAUGAUUGGUACUGGUUAUAUGCAGCUGUUAGUUGCAAGUGUUUGCUGGUGACAAACGAUGAGAUGAGGGACCACCUGUUCGAACUGCUAGGGACUAGUUUUUUCCCAAGAUGGAAAGAAAAGCAUCAGGUUCGACUGACAGUCUCAAGGCGUGGACCCACCCUCCACAUGCCUCCACCAUAUUCAAUUGUUAUUCAGGAAUCAGAACAAGGUAGUUGGCAUGUGCCCACUGUCACAGGUAACGACGUUGAGACCCCCAGGCAAUGGGUGUGUGCUACCAGGGCCAGGGACUCGUAGUCGCGCCCUUCUAAGCUGUUUAACCAUUCUUCUUUGUGGAGAGAUGGAGAGAGCUAGGGAGGGGAUGUAAUUUAGUAGUAUUCAGGUAUCUAUAAUUUAAUUUAUUUUCCUUAGAGAGUAUGAAAAAAGGGGGGUUUUUAAUUUUCUGUAGUGGCUUCUGUAUUUUAAAAUUUCACCUGAAUGCUCAUAAAAGAAUCUAAUCGGUGUUUUGUGGCUGAUUUCAAAAGGGAAUAAUCUAUUAAAUGGGCACAUUGACAAGUUUCACUA